AUGUCGGUCUUGACGAAGCCUCGUCAAACUCUUUUGUUAAACGUGGACCGAAAUCGCAUUCUUCAUGGAAUUUUGAAGAAGACAUUCUAUGAGCAGUUUUGUGCCGGCGAGAAUGGCACCGAGUCCAAGGCAACGAUCAGGCAAUUGAAGGAUAUGGGCUUCCGCGGCGUGAUCAUGACAUAUGCAAAGGAAACAGUCUUUGACCAUCGCACGAAAACACAACAUGGGCUGGGGGUUGCUGCGCUGGAAAGCAAGAAAAAGGGCGAGUCUUUGGAUCCGCAUAUCGCCCAGUGUGUCAAUGUUGAAGCAUUGACGGGAGCCGGUCCCACCGUUACUGAAGCCUUUACAGCCGGAGAAUUACCACCGCAGCAGAUGAUGGAUGCGCUGGACGAUAUAUGCAACAAGUGUCGAGACCGCCAUGUCCGAAUCCUCGUGGAUGCCGAGUCCCAGCAUUUCCAAUGGGGUAUUCAGCGGUUGACUCUGGAACUCAUGCGCAAGUACAACCGCGACGGAUACGCGUUGAUCUACAACACCUACCAGGCCUAUUUGAAGAGCACGCCAACUAUCCUUGCCAAACACCUUGCAGAAUCCCAGAAAGAUGGGUUUACAUUAGGACUCAAGCUCGUCAGAGGGGCCUAUAUCGCUUCAGACGAGCGGUGUCUAAUUCACGACACGAAGGAGGCCACCGACGAUGCUUAUAAUGGGAUUGCCCAGGGUGCAUUGAAACAACGCAUUGGUGACUUUGGGGACAGUACUGCAUUUCCCUCGGUGAACCUGUUUCUGGCCACCCACAACAAGCAAAGUGUCAUGGCUGCUCAUCAGCUCCAGAAGCACCGUCUUGCCGCAGGCUUACCUACUGUUCCUGUUCGGUUUGCUCAGCUGCAUGGUAUGUCGGACGAGGUUAGCUUCUCGUUACUGCAGUUGAAGGACCAUGAUGGGUCGCCAGAGGUCUACAAGUGUUCGACCUGGGGUGGUAUGGGCGAGUGUUUGGCUUAUCUUCUUCGACGAGCGAUUGAGAACAGAGAUGCUGUGUCGCGCACGGGUGAUGAGUACCGGGCGUUGAAAUCUGAGGUGGUUCGGAGGGUGAAAGCGCUUUUUGCUUUCUCUGCAUCAACCUAG